GGGGGGGCGAUCGAUCCGACUUCGAGUGCGAUUCGGGAGCGGAGGAAAUCGAUCGAAGCCGGCGGGACCUGCGCGAGCGAUCGAUCGGGAGAGGCCCGACUGUGGGGCGACGGCGACCAGAUCGGGAGAGGCCCAAGGCCCAACUGCGGGGCAGGGCAGAGCGAUCAGAUCGAUCGGCAGACCAGCGGGCGAACGGAAGACGACGGGGCGAGGCGGGCAGAUGAAACCCAGCGGCCAGAGUAGCGGAUCAAUGGCACGAGUUGCGGCGUGCAAAAAAAAUUGACCUAGCUCUAAUACCAUGUUAGGAAUAAGCAACCUGUAUUCCCAUGGGGCCAUAGGCCGAUAUAUAUAUAUACAUAUACAGGUGUGGAACAUAUGCAGGAAACCCCUUAUACAACGGGAUAAAUACAAAGGGGUACAUGACUUAUAUUAUAACUCUAACACUUGUGACCUCAUUCAUCAGCACAACGAAAAGAUAAGGGCUCAAAGUUGCUGUUGUUGCAGUCCUAUUUUAAUCGAAAAGUCAUCAAGUCGCCAUCACUUGUUCGGACACUUGUCACAACAUUAUCGUACAUGUCCUUGAUGAGGGUAAUGUACUUUGUUAGGACUUUGUGUUUCUUCAAGGCCCACCACAUGACAUUCAGCGGUAUCUUAUCGUAGGCCUUCUCCAAGUCCAUGCACACCAUAUGCAGGUCCUUUUGCUCCUUAUAUCUCUCCAUAAGUUGUACUAAGAAAAUGGCUUCCAUGGUCGACCUCCCAGACAUGAAACCAAAUUGAUUUUUGAUCACGCCUGUCAUUCUUCUUAAGCCGUGUUCAAUGAAUCUCUCCCAUAGCUUCAUUGUAUGGCUUAUCAGCUUAAUUCCAUAGUAAUUAGUACAACUUUGAACACCAUCCUUGUUCUUGAAGAUUGGUAAUAAUAUACUCCAUCUCCAUUCUUCUGGCAUCUUUGUUUGCUCCGAAAAUGAGGUUGAAAAGCUUAGUUAUAUCGCUGUGCCUCUGAGGCCUCUCCACACCUCAAUGGAAAUACAAUCAGGGCGCAUCGCCUUGCCUCCUUCAUCCUUUUUAAAGCCUCCUUGACCUCGGACUCCUAGAUUUGCUGCACAAAACGCCUGUUGGUAUCAUCAAAUGAGUCAUCCAGUUCAAUGGUAGAGCUCUCAUUCUGCCCAGUGAAUGCCUUGUCGAAGUACUCAUGCCAUCUAUGCUUAAUCUCCUCGUCCUUCACCAGGAGCUGGUCUGCUCCGUCCUUGAUGCAUUUGACUUGGUGACAUCCCUCGUCUUCCUCUCUUGGAUCUUGGCCAUCUUAUAGAUGUCCCUUUCGCCUUCCUUCGUGCCUAACUGUUGGUAGAGAUCCUCAUACGCCGGACCCCUUGCUUCACUUACAGCUCGCUUUGCGGUCCUCUUUGCCACCUUGUACCUCUCUAUGCUGUCUGAAAAAUGUUUCUUCUCCUUAAUAGCCUUCUGGACAUCAUUGUUCCACCACCAGAUAUCUUUAGCUUCGCUUCUACUUCGCUGGGACACUCCAAACUCCUUUGAAGCCACCUAAAGUAUGCAAGUCACCAUCUUCAUCCACAUAUUGCCUGCAUCACCUCCUUCCUCCCAAGGGCCCUCCGUAAUGGCCCUCUCCUUGAAUGCAUGAGGUACCUCCCCCUUGAGCCUCCACCACUUCAUUCUAGCGACUUUAGCGUGCUUAUCCCGUCAGACACGAGUCCGUAAGCGGAAGUCAGCCACCACAAGCUUAUGCUAAGGGGCAAUACUUUCUCCAGGUAUCACCUUACAAUCUAGGCAAGCACGCCUGUCUUCUCUUCUCGAGAGGAUGAAAUCAAUCUGGCUAGAGUGUUGACCACUACUAAAAGUCACUAUAUGUGAUUCUCUCUCUUUAAUCAGGGUUUUAGCUACAAUCGUGUCGUAGGCUAGAGCAAAGGUUAAGAUAUCUUCUCCUCCUUGAUUCUUGAUGCCAUAGCCAAAGCCCCAUGCACCCCUUCAAAACCUGUGUUAAAUGUACCCACGUGGCCGUUGAGGUCUCCUCCUAUGAAGAGCUUCUCGCCAAUAGGUACACUCCUAACCAUGUCCUCCAGACCACCUCAGAACUCCCUCUUGGUGUUCUCAUUGUGGCCUACUUGCAGGGCAUACACGCUGCUAACAUUGAGAACCAAGUCGCCAACUACCAGCUUGACCAGGAUAAUUCGGUCCCCACGUCUCUUGACAUCUACCACUCCAUACUUGAGGCCCUUGUAGAUCAAAGAUGCCUGCUCCAUUUCUGUUUGCAGUCGUCCAUGUGUACCAUAGCUUGAAGCCGGUGUCCUCCACCUCCUUCGCCUUAUGUACCCUCCAUUUGGUUGUCUUCUCUAUAGCUGUAAAAUAUUUAUAGAAUAUAAGUAUCAUGUCCCGUGCAUGUUUAGAAUAUAAUUAGUGGGUUUGGUUAAGUGGCAUAUGUGAUGAGGUGAAAAGUGUACAUGUUGAGAACAACAGAAGUAAUGGAGUUAUGCAUGUUCAGAGUAAUAGAAUUAGUUGGAUUGAAAAGGUGGCAUGUGUGGUGAGGUAGGAUGUGUGCAUAUUGAAAGAAAUGAAAGUAGUGGGGAUCAAGAUAUAGAUAUAUAGGAUUCCGUGUCACAUGAUCAUACAUACUAGGUGUCAAGUUUUACCAACACCUAUCUUACAACUGUUAGAGAUGCCCUUAGUAAGAUAUAUCUGUGUGCGUGUGUGGUGCUUGGGUGUGUGUGUGUGUAUGAGCAUGUCCUCUCAGUGGAUUUGAUUUCUGUAUUCUAACAAUUUCAUCUCAACUGAACACAGUAUGAAGAAACUAUGCAGUGUGCCUAGAAUGUGUUGAUCGCCAUUAUUGGCACAUGAAAGAUCAUGAUUGGUGUUUUGUCAAGGUUAUGAGUCUGAGUAAUUUCAAGGAUGAAAUGGCCAUACCAGAUGAGUUCACCACUAAUUUCAGAGGUCACAUUUCUGAUAAAGUCAAACUAGAAGUAGCAGAUGGCAACAUUUAUAAUGUUCAGGUUGCCAAGGAACAGGAUAAGUUUAUUCUUCGGUCAGGAUGGGUGGACUUCACCGGUGCUUAUGAACUUCAACAGUAUGACUCCCUGUUCUUUAUAUAUAGUGGGGACUCCCACUUCAAAGUUCGAAUCUUAAAACCAAGUGGUUGCGAGAAAGCGUCGUCAUGUGUUACAAUGAGCUGUGGUCCUAAUGUCCAAGAAAGGGUCAUUUGUCAUGCUCUAUCACUACCUAGCAUAAAAAGAUGUAGAAAUGACAAUUGGACGGACAAUUCGAAAACUGCAAAGGUUACUCCAACGGACUCACCUUCACAGAAAUCAAGUUCAGAAAUGAACACACAAGAUGUCACAUCUUCAAAAUAUAUUCCGGAACCAAGAAGUUCAGGUGGCCUUCCAGGGUCCACUGAAUCACGGCACAUCUUAGAAAAGGGCUGUAUACUGACUAGCGCUCAGAAGACAAGAGUCGACACAUUUGUGAAGGAAAGUUGGACUGGAAUCCAAUUUUAUGUCACAGUCAUGAACGAGAAAAGUCUGUCUGAUGGAUGUCUGGUCAUCUGCAAGGAUUUUGCAGCCAAACAUCUUCCGCACCAAGACCAGACGAUCAAACUCUGUUAUCCUCAGAACAGCAAAACAUGGGAUGCCAGUUUGAAGGUUAUCACUGAUGGAGCAUGCACCCGUUCAUGCAUCCUUGCUGCUGGUUGGCUGGACUUUGUACGCGACAACAACUUGCGGGAAGGCGAUAUCUGCGCAUUCGAAGUGUCAAAGGACCAUGAUAGAGUGAUAAUAACAGUCCACCUCUUAAAGAAUGUCGUCGUAGCAGGACAUACCAAAUCAACCAGCCAGCAGCAGAAGAAAUGGACUCACACAGGCUAUGUGGUUACAAAAUACACCAAACUGACUUGCAAGCAGAAGAGAAAAAUCGAAGAGAGGAUCCAGGCUAUUAGACCUGAAACAAGAAUAUUUGUGUCCAUCAUCUAUAGCAGCCGUAAAGCUGCUGCCUUGUGACCAUGAGGUCACGGGUUCAAGUCCUGGAAAUAGCCUCUUGCAGAAAUGUAGGGAAAGGCUGCGUACAAUAGACCCAAAGUGGUCGGACCCUUCCCCAGACCCUGCGCAAGCGGGAGCUACAUGCACUGGGGCUGCCCCCUUUUAAGAAGGGGAGCCUUGGCGCAGUGGUAAAGCUGCUGCCUUGUGACCAUGAGGUCAUGGGUUCAAGUCCUGGAAACAGCCUCUUACAGAAAUGUAGGGAAAGGCUGGGAGCUACAUGCACCAGGUUGCCCUUUUUUUCAUCUAUAGCAGCCGUGCCAAGCUGUCCAUAGAAGUGCGAUAUGCUACCGCUCAUCUUCCACGCGAGGAGCAGUGGGUGAGGCUUCAACUGCCUGGGAAGAACCACACUUGGAAAGUCAAGCUCUAUAUCGGCGACAAGGACAAGGGCAAAUGUUAUGCACUACAAACAGGCUGGAAGAAGUUUGUAGAUGAUAACAAACUGCAGGAUGACGACAUGUGCCUGUUUGAGCUACUCAAGAACAAGGAGCUCACCAUGAACGUCCACAUCAUUCGCAGAGAUUGAGAGAAGCGUAGCUGGCCAAUGUCGCCUGCCAUGGUGGUGGCGCCACUCUUGGUGGUAGUUGGUGCAUUUUGUAUCAGAAAUGCACAAACUUUGGGUUCCCCCAUCUCCCAAAUACUUGCAAGAAACCCUGUCGAUGUCGAUGAGAUGGGUUUCAGUUUGGUUUCAGCUCCUGCAAGCAUGUCUAUGUUUUGUUUCAAAGCUACUGGUUAGAUUUUUUUUUUGAAAAGAGGAAAAAACGCUCAAUCUCUA